AUGAGGAGCGGUGCUGCCUCUUCAUCUACCGGGAAAUCAGAAGUCAAACUGCUACUUUUGCUUCCAUUUUCGUCGCCAUUGUUAUUGAUGUUGUUAUCAGCAAUUUACAUGUCAGAAAGUAGAAGAGCACAGGACAUCACCAAUGGCGUAGCCAAUAAUUAUCCAAUCCUUGAGAACACCUGCUACUCGAACAGUAACUGCCCCAGUUCUACCGAUCACCAAGAAAAUCGAGAAGUUCAACAGCAGUGCGCAUAUGGCAUUCGAGAAGAAAAUCCAGAAAUUGAACUGAAUUUGCAUCACUUCCAUCCCAGGCUUCUCCAGAAAAUACCAAGGGAUGAACAAGAACGCAAAACUGCACUAGAAAGACGUAGGAGGUCGUACAUAGAAAUUCUGGCAGGAAUAGCGUUGUUGAUAGGUUAUUAUACAACAGUUGGACCAGAAAUGGCGGAAAGACACAACGCCAUGAUGUCACGAUAUAUCGACUCUAAGCCAUUCCUACCUCAACCUACAGCGACUUCGAAUAAAAUAUUUUUCUUAAACUCCUCCGUAGUUGGAGCCCAAAACUACGAUGAGGCCUUUGUUUUCUCUGCACUAUGCCUUUUCAACCCAGCAUUAGGAAGGGUUAAUUUUGUUACACUUUGGUCGGCGUCGUCCCAAAGAUUGCCGAGAAAUUCCACCCCUGUAGACCAACGAUAA